AUAAUGCACAAUUCGUGAAUACGUCAUACGUUGUUUUAUUCAUUUUGAUUCUAAUUUGCCGCUGUUUACUCCAUAGCGGGAUGCCCGUUGGCUCGAUUCAGUCGCCAUUUUUCAUUUGGCUUAGAUUGGUGGAUCGUUAUUGGUUCGUAUUGAAUUUUCCCGAAGCCGGUGAUAGGUUGGAACAAAUAGGACGAUAUUCGAUGCUACUCGACAUCUUUCAAGUGUCGGCAAGUGUCGGUUUGAAGUUUUCAAAUUCUUUUCAUUAUUACUAGUUGUAGCAAUAGAGUGAAAUGUAGGUAUACAUUUUAACCUCUUGCAUGAAUCGUCUAAAUUAAGUCGAAUACGCGAAAAUAUUCCGAUGUGAUCGGAUAAGUGAAGAAAAACGUAUGUAAAGUAAUUAUCUGUCAAGUGUAACCUCAAACUUGCUUUUUAUUUACUACUCCGUUGUAUAUUAAUGACCUAUAAGAUUUAUUUCUUGCUUGUUUGAUCAAAAUCCGUAUAUGAGAGUGUUUUUUAAUUAUUUGCAUUAAAGUACUUUAAAUUUGGAGACUCAUUACAGGUCUAGACAUGGAUUCGAGCUAAAUCUGAGAGAGCAUCGAGGCGGUCAUCGAUACUAAAGCCAUCAAAAGCGCGUCAGCCUCUGCAAAAUGUGGACUUUAACACAUCCUCCUCUGAAAGUAGCCCUGCUACCUCAAAACUCAAGCGACGUGUCAGUUUUGCGGAAAAAAAGCAUGUCAAGGAAUUCUGCAACUCCGUCGAUCAAGGCACAGUCUGGGAUAAUACCUAUGAAGAAAGUGAGUCGAGCUUUCAAAAAUUAAACUCACCAUCCGAUGGCAAUGGAAUUGCACUGGCCUGUCAGAAGGAAGAAGUUCGCACAAUUGUUGAAGUCAGUGAAAAACAAAAACAUUACACUGAAACAGUAGUAAAGAAGCCCAGUGUAUGCGUAAUUUCUGCAGAGACAACUCAGACGGGAUUUUUCCUCCGAAGUCGUCAAAGUGAUUGCAAUGCCAUGCAAUGUGAACUUGAUUUAACCGAUCCAAUAGGAGGGAUCGUAGAAGCAGGAACAUCAGAAAAGGACAAGACAGUCAAACGUAGGAGGGGAAGUAAGAGCAUCAGUAGUAAAGAAACGAAAAUGGAAGAAACUAUUUUGUUUGAAGAAGAGGCAAUGGAGUUUACCUCCAUAGUUUCAUUGGCUCCUCAAGCAUGUCACUGCGUAGGUAAGGAAAGUGUUUCAAAUACUUCUAAUGUGGCACAAUGCUCCGGUACAGCGACGAGUACAAGAUGUAUCUUGGACAACAGAGCACCUAACACGAAGGACUGCAAACAAUCAGAUAAAGAGAAAGGAUUUAUCUGUAAUGAUAAAGUGAUUUCUCGAAGUGCUUCAGUCGAACCGGAGAGUGCAAUAGAGCAACAUGGAAAUUUCUCCUCAAAGGAUGAAAUGCAAUUCGUUCCAGUAGCUUCUUCCACAGGAUUAAGAUUAAUACCGGUGAGUUCACAAAACAUAGCACAAGCAAAAGAGAAUGUCUUAACACAGUCAAGAUUUGCAGAAGAAAAUCUAAUUAACUUUACAUCGGAGGUUCCUUUAACAAGUUUUUAUUCUAACGUAAGAUUAGGGACUCCAAAGAUUGCUGCUUUUGAAAAAGAAAACAUCUUACCGCAACAAGAAUUUUGCGAUGAGGAUGAAAUGGAAUCGGCUUCUGCAGCAAUCUGUACUGAGGAGAGUAAUUUAAUUCCGAAAGUUAUUUUACUUGAGGGAAAGUAUGAAUUAUCACAACAACGUUCUAUGCCUGUUUUACUGACAUUAAGCAAUGCUUUAGUUGAAAAAGAGAAUUUGCAACAAGGGGAUCCAGAAGAUGGAAUGGAUUUCACGUCAGUGAUUCCUCCGACAAAUUCUGAUCCCAAAAUUAAUUUGUCCAUUAUGAAGCAUAAUUUAUUUGAAAGUGAGAGUGGUUUAUCGGUAGAAAAUUGUUUAGAACAUGGUUCUGCAGUUCUUCAAGAUUAUUUUCUUCCUGCUGCAUCCUCAAAGGCAGAGCAAAAUGUUCCGUUUAAUAAGGAAAAGUUAAUAAACCCAUCGGUUAGUCAACAAAUAGGUUUCACCAGAAGUGAACAAAGUAAGGAUGCAGUUUUAAUGGCUGGAAAAGAUAUUGCAGGUGAUAGAAGCGAUUUAACAGAUUUAUCAGCACUGCAAAAAUCGAGUUUUCAUUCAAAUGCUGGAUCAAAUGUAUCUGAUACCAAUCACCCAAAGAAUUUGGAUGUUAUUCAACAGCUGAGUACCGCUGGAAACGAACAAAUCUCUGAUUUAUGUCCGAUGGCUAAAAGAAAUCCACCGGCGAGCACUGAAAGUGUAAUAGAUACAGCCAUUAUUCGACAGUUUGGUUCAGUUAGGAAGGGUCUAUAUUCUGAUGCCUCUUCAACUGCCAAAGGAAGUAAACCGGUUAACAGAGAAAGUUUGAUGGAUCCAUCAAUUGUCAGACAAAUUGGCUCGGUACAGAAGGAGGAACAGUGUCCAAAUCCUUUGGUAUUGAUGAAAAGAAAUGAACUAGUUAAUAGGGAGAAUAUGAUAGAUCUACAGAUAGUUCGCAGAGUUACUCAUUUUCCAGAAUCUAUGAUGCUUAGUGUCAAUUAUCCGAAAGAUCAGGGAACGAUUCAUCAAAUGAAGUCUACUCAAAAUGAACAGGUAUCGAUAAAUUUCAAGAAUCCCGAAGACGUUGGAAUUUCUGGAACAACAACCUUAGUACCAAUUACAAAUUCACGCAUUUUAAAUAAGGAAAAAGCAAUAAAUGUUCUAUCGGUGCCACUGGAAUUAUCCACUGUGGUUUCAAGGUUCUCUCGUGCCGAAUCAAAUAAAGAUGACAAAGAAUCCAAGAAAUCGAAAAUAAAGUGUUCGUCGAUGUGUCUGGAUCCUUUGAUGACAAAAUCCGAAAUUUCGAGUUUUGUUUCAAGAGCUUCAGUGGUUAAGAGUGAUGCCACUUUAGAACGAACGAGGACAUUGACUCAAGAAGAUAUCGAAGAGAUGGAUAAAUUACCUUGUAAAAGUGCAAAUAAGUUACACAAACUGUUACCAAAAAAUGCUCCUAUUUCCGUAAAUGUUGCGAGAGAUUCAUCGGUAAGACUCGGAAUGGAUGGGAGAAAUAUGACAAUGACCUUCAGAGAUGAUGCCAAAUUUGGUAAUGUUAAAUUAAUCGAAGAAGAAGGCAUACAUUAUUUCGAGUCUUCGAUGGAUACUUCAAACAUUAGAAGAGAUGUUACUCUGGAGAAAACCAGAACUGUUACCGCAGAAGACAUUGAAGAGAUGAUCGUUUCACAUAUAGAAACUGAGAGAUCUCGAUGCAAAGUUAAUCAGAUGGAUGACAUUCCUGAAAACGUGUCAAUGGAGAUGACUGCAAUGGUGCCUCAAUCGGUAACCUCAAUGAGGAGAAGCGAUUUUCGAAGAAAUGAGAAUAUUGAAAUGGAGGGGAUUUAUUGUGAUCGUAACGAGAAGACGGAAGUAUUUCAAGACAUGCCGAUGGAGAUGACCGAAGGAGUUAGAGCUUUUCCUUGGUCAGUGGUUACACCGAGUGGAAAUCAUCCUCAAAGAAAUCUAAAUGAUGUGUAUGGCGAAUGUGAUGAAAGAACAAGAGUAUUUCAAAAUGUUUCAAUGGAAAUGACCGCAGCAGUGCCUGCAAGAAGUAAGAAUAUUGAAAUGGAUGAAGCUUGCCGUGGUCCUAGCGAAAAAACAGGAAUGUUUCAGAAUGUAUCGAUGGAGAUGACUGAAGCACUUCCACGACUAGCAACCGCUAUAGGCGUGGAUGACAUUUUACGAAAUAAGAUUAUUGAAAUGGAUGGGAUUUAUUGUGAUCGUAACGAGAAGACGGAAAUAUUUCAAGACAUGCCGAUGGAGAUGACCGAAGGAGUUAGAGCUUUUCCUCGGUCAGUGGUUUCACCGAGUGGAAAUCAUCCUCAAAGGAAUCCAAAUGAUGUGUAUGGCGAACGUGAUAAAAGAACAAGAAUAUUUCAAAAUGUUUCAAUGGAAAUGACCGCAGCAGUGCCUGCAAGAAGUAAGAAUAUUGAAAUGGAUGAAGCUUGCCGUGGUCCUAGAGAAAGAACAGGAAUGUUUCAGAAUGUAUCAAUGGAGAUGACUGAAGCACUUCCACGACUAGCAACCGCUAUAGGAGUGGAUGACAUUUUACGAAAUAUGAAUAUUGAAAUUGAUCCAGUUGGUCAUGACCCUACUGAGAGAACAACAGUGUUUCAGAAUGUAUCGGUAGAAUUGACAAUGGCAAUUCCUAAACCGAUAACUAUAGUUAGGACAAAUAAUCUCACAGGAAGUGAGACUGGUACAAGAAAAAUGAACAAGAUUUUUUCUAAUACAUCAAAGGAAAUGACUUCAGAUGUUUCACCUCUACCGCCAGAAAAAAUCGAUCUCUGUCAAACAAGAUUGGCUUGUACGGGUAAAGAAAAUGAAGUUCCAUCGAACACAACGAUAAAGGUAAUUUCAGAGUUCCCUACUUUGCCACAAGAAGAUAAAGUGCAUGAAGCGCGGAUGAAUAUUGCUUCGAAUGUGUAUGUCGAUGCAUUGGAAAAGCGAAGUGUAUCGAAUCCUGCCUGUACGAGGCAAGAAAAUGAAGUUGAUGUUGCCCAUACAACAUCGGUGAAUACGAACUUAGCCGCAGCUUCACCGUGGAAGGAAAGUGAUCUUCAUUGGCGAAAUUUACUAGAGCUUACUCCUAAAACGUCACGUUUGCCUUUGUCUGUUAAUUCUUCGAGUAAAAGAAUUUUAAGUGAAAAGAGGGCUCGCAGUAAACUAAUCCAGGAAAAGGUAAAGGCAUUAACAGGAAAACCUAGAAUUUCAUUAGCCAAAAGUCUUUUAGAGCAAGAAGAAGACCCGGAGGAAACUUUCGAAUUCCUUAUAGAAGAGAUGAAAACUAUGAAUAAAUCACCCUCUGAGCUGGAUGAUAAAGAAGAAUCUCUAGCUGAACUCAAUGAACCUUUUGUUAAUAACGAUAAAAAAAUAAGUAAAGCUCCUUCAUCUCGGUAUACUUAUGUCGUCACUGACCCAAAGUUUAUUAAACCUGGUUCUUCGACACAUUUAGGGUUGUUAGAAAACGUUUCAUCAGAGCCUAUUGGAGUAAUCUCACAUCUUUUCGAUGGGCCCUGCGAUGCUGUGGAGAGUUUCCAGAAUCCUGAGAUUGUUUCAUGGGACUCAAAGAGGAAUAAUUUCACCCAAGAGACCACGAAGGUUGAAAAUUGUCAAAGUACUGGUGCAACUUCGAAACCUAGUAUGUUAAGAUCGGACACUUACAUUAUAAGAAAAGAAGACAUGGACACAAAAAAAUUAGAUUUAAAAGAAAAUCUCAACAAAGUUCAAGAUAAAAGAAAAUUGUCUGUAAUUUUUUCGAGUGAUUCAGUAAUUUGCACGGAAAAUGUGAAUUCUCCAUCUGGAACACAUUGUAGUUUACCCAUCGACGACACGAUUUCUAAAGAAGACAUUAUUUUAUGCACCGAAGACGUACCAACAAGUCCUUCGUAUCAGAAAGAUCCUUUUCAGUUUGACGCGGAGGAUCCUUUCGUAAUGUUCAGGCAAGAAUGUAGAAUGAUAUCUAGGAUGAUCGAAGCAGCUAUAGAGGAAGACAUCGAAGAAGAAGAUUUCCCCACCGAAGAGUGUCCUGAAUUUUUGGCUCUCGAAGAAGACAAUGGUGAAAUUCAGAACUCUGAACAACUUUUAAAUGAAGUUUGCCCUGUCAAGGAAAUAAAUGAGGAAUCUAGUGCCGCUGUUAAAGAAGACGUAGUUAAUAAAGAUUAUUUUGAUAUGCUGGCUGAAAGUAUCGAGACAUUUAACAAAAGAAAAGAUUGCAUCUGGGAUAUCAGGAGUUUAAAGAAGGAAUUAAUUUCUCUUGGCUACAUGUCAAGUUCCCUUGUUUUCGUAAUACUAUUUCAGAAUAAUAUUGACGGUACUGCUAAUACAAUACAAACGAUAAAAAUUGUUUCACGCCUCACAGAAAAGGCCGAGAAGAUGAUAAAGAUUGUUCAUCGGUUGAUUAUCGAUAAAAUAAAUCCUGAGGAUCUCGUCAAAUCAUUUAGGACUCAUCAAGAUGUUAUGCCACUGAUCGAGCACUUUUCCACCGAAGUCAAACUUGCAAUAGAUUUUAUGUACGAAUUAAAACGAUUGGAGAACUCGAAACUGAUGGAAGUUGAUAUCGAUAGGAUACGUUUUACGAUUUACACUAAAAGGAUGGAUAUAGUACUAAAUAUUGUAAUGCAGUUGAAACCUUUUAACAAACUCAACUGUAACGACAUCGAAGUGGCGUGUGUCUUAGGCAGCGUAAGAAUAAAUGAUAUAAAACAAUUGAUUACGAAUGUAAAGAAGGAUCACCUGUUUCUGCGAAGAUAUAUGAACGACGUAAGGCAAUAUAUCGAACUAAUGGAAGACACCAACCCAUCGAAAACGUUUAGAUAAGAAUAAUUGCUUGCAUUAAUUCAGUCUGCGUCGGUUGCGGUCGAGGCAGAGGAAAAGCCCCGCUCUCGAAGGAGGUUCGGCGGUGCCCGCCGUAGGCCAAGUGGGCGUACGGGGUCUCCGUGUGCCAUACAUGGCUAUGCUAUGUGGAAACCGAGAGACAGAGGAGGACGGUCCCCACGCGGGCACGCGUGCCGAGAGGGUGGGGGGGUUCCCGUGGGCACGAGUCGAGCUCCCGACGCAGUGCCCGGCUGGUACCCGAUGGUACCCGAUGGUACCCGGUGUCACCCGGUGUGUUUUCCCGGUUUGUGGUUCGAGCUGCACCGCUUGUCGGAAACGAGG